AGCUCCGUCUGCUGCAGGUUCGACUCCAAGUCGCAGCGAAGUGGCGAGUCCAACCCUGCCGCAUCUCGCUCGUCCCUCCAAACAUCAUGGACCUGAUGUUUGAAUGGGAAUAUGAGGGAGAUAGAUUUUCAUUUGAAGACAGUGACAGAUUUGAAGAAGACUCGUUAUGUUCUUGGGGAAGUGAACCUGAACUCUGCAACAACUGGAGAGGUUGGAAAAGACAAAAUGGAGGGCAGUCCCUCUUACAGAUAUUCCCCUCUUCUGAUGAUCGGGUUAUGCCUCUUGUGGAGCUUGCUGCUCAGGCGGUGGCUUGUAAUAUACCAUUUGAAGAAGUAGAACGGUUUGCACAGCCUAUACCAGAACAACUUCAACUUCGUAUAGCAUUUUGGAGCUUUCCAGAAAAUGAAGAAGAUAUCAGACUUUACUCUUGUCUUGCAAAUGGUAGUGCUGAUGAAUUUACCAAAGGUGAACAUCUAUACAAGACAAGGGCGGUGAAGGAUGCCUUGCAGAUUGGAUUUCACCUGAGUGCAACAGUAGUGGCUCCACAAAACUUCAAUCAAGUUCAAGGCAAGGGUAGCUUUAAUGUAGCAGUGGUUUUUGACCGACGCCGCAUCUCCUCAUGUUCUUGCAGCUGCAACAGUGCUGCCUCCUGGUGUUCCCACAUUGUUGCUCUCUGCCUCUUUCGUAUCCAUCAGGGGUCAUCUGUUACACUUAGAGCACCUGUCUCCGAGUCACUGUCCCAGCUUAAAAGAGACCAACUUCAGAAGUUUGCCCAAUAUCUUAUUAGUGAGCUUCCUCAACAGAUUUUGCCAACAGCUCAGCGACUGCUAGAUGAAUUGUUAUCAUGCAAGGAGACGGCUAUGAAUACAGUUGGUGGAGCACCAGAUCCAACUGCAGGGCCAUCAGCCAAUGAGCAGACAUCAUGGUGUUUGGAUGAAGCAACAUUACAUGAGAACAUCAAGAAAACCUUGGUCAAAUUUUGUGUGCCCUCACCUAUCGUAUUCAGCGAUGUCAACUACCUGUCUGCAAGUGCCCCACCAGCAGCAGCUGAGUGGCAGAGUCUGCUGAGGCCUUUACGUGGACGAGAGCCAGAAGGCAUGUGGAAUCUCUUAUCCAUUGUGCGGGAAAUGUUCCGUCGCACAGACAGCAACUCCAUCCCGCUACUAGAGAUUCUCACAGAUGAAGUUUUGCAGUGUGAACAGAUCUUAAUUUGGUGGUUUGUAACAAAAGCCUCAACCAACAAUAACAACAACCUGCAUGUGAGUCGUGGUAACAACAGUUCAGCCAGUGCAACCCAGCAUGCAGCAGCCAGCUUGUGUGAAGAGAUUGUGGCACUUUGGCGUUUAGCAGCUCUGAAUCCACGGCUCUCUCCGGUGCAGAGGCAGGAUCUUUGUGCCAAGUUCCGUGAUUGGCAUAUCAGCACCGUUGAAAAGGUACGCAAAGCUCGUAAUUCCACUUCAGGCAACUCAUCCAACAAUGUCAAAAAGACUGACAUGGAGAACUUCUCAGGUUUCAAGCCAGCGAUUGAGGCAUGUCAACUGACGUGGGAGGACUACCCCAUUCCUGGCGUAACAUAUUCUAGCAAGGAUGGUCAGCGCUGGCAUUAUCGCUUUAGCUCAAAGUUUCAUGAUGGAGGUGAUGUAAAGAAACCUUCACGUGUGCAGCCUGUCACUGUAUGCUCAGAGGACAUCAUCAGCACAGACAAUUCCAGGAAUCUUGCUCAGGCUCAGCGAUCCCAUGAACUGCGUUCCCGUGCAGGCAGGAUUGAAGCACGUGGAGCAGCAGUCCGUAGAGACUCUUGUGUCAAUGAUGGUGCAGCCAGUUCUGGCUCAGAGGGCUUCUGUGAAUCUGAAAACAGACGCUCACAUGAUUCAGAUUCUAGCUGUGACAAUCCCAAAGGUUUUCAUUCACGAAGUAACUCCCUAGAUGAGUCUGAAGUCAUGUUGGCAGAUGCUGCAGCUGUUAAUUGUCAGGAGCUGUCCCCUGGUUCCCAAGAUCACCAGGAUGCUGAGGUUUUUGAUGAGAAUGCAGAUGGUGGGAGUGCUGUUGCCAAGACUUCUAGUCCUGUCGCUGUGGUGGGCCAGGCUCUGCAGGCAUCUGGUGCAAAAGCUCAGGAUCUGAUAGCAGCUCCUCACCCCCCUGAUCUCAGUGCCAAAGAUUCUAGUCAGUCCUUGGUGGCUGGUAGUCGUGCCAGCCAUGAACCCUCGUCAGAGUCCCAGCAGUCUAGUGAUGAGUACCAGCUAUACUUCUACGACACUAAAGUCAAAGUUGGUGAUAUAGAGAAGAGGAAGAAAGAUAAGACAGAUGAACCUAAUCUUUUUUCUGGACUCAAAAAGAUGGAAAAUGUUCAAGAUAUUCUUUUUGCGCGUGCUGAAGCUCUUCAUGCCCAUGGCCAUACCAAAGAAGCAUGUCAUUUGGCACGGCAGUUGGCUGAAGAAAUGCUGAAUAGCCCACCAGACCUGUUUGCCAACACUGUCAGCAGUGGAGUAUCCACUCCAAAAUCUAAGAAAAAGAAAGCGCUCAACACCAUCAGCUUGCUAGCAAGCACCACUCUGGCCAAAGCUUCAUUCCUUUGUAGUGUUUUGUCAGAAGACACAGACUGUCACUACCUAGCAUUCAAGAUUGGCAUGUUUGGCAUGGAACUGGCACGCCCACCAGCCUCUUGCAAGGCUUUGGAGGUCAAGUUAGCCUAUCAGGAAUCAGAACUUCUACAAUUACUGAAGAAAAUACCGCUGGGGCCACAGGAGAUGGCCACCCUUCGCAGCCGUGCAGAGCAACUGAGAGAUGGCACUUUUCAGUCUCGAGGGGAUGCCUUAUUGCCAUUGACUCUGGCCACCUUUAUUUUUGAUUCUCUCUGUCUUCCUUCUGCUUCCAUAAAUGAUGAAAAACUUGGAUUUGAAGCAGCUGUUACUGCCUUGGGUCUUAAAGCCAAUAUAUCAGAGGCUGAGCACCCAUUAUUGUGUGAGAGCACCCGGCGACAGCGUGGGGACUUGGCAAUAGCCAUGCUGGUUCAUUACAAGGAUGAUAUAGCCAAACUUAGCAAGAUCAUGGACAAAUUGCUGGACAAAGAAGUGAACACACACUACAAGGCACCAAGCCUGGUUACCUACCUCAGCACACGCACCACUGCUGUCUCUGGCUCUCAUUCUCACCCCACUGCCUCUGCCUCCUCCAGCUCUGCUUCUUCCAUGCAUCAUCUUGAAAGCAGCUCCUCGGCUGGACUUACUUUGUCACCAUCUUCAUUAGCUGCAAAUUCUCCAUCCUCCUUGCGAGCACAGCACUUAGCUGGUGGCCAUCAUAGUGCAUUUGCAUCUGAUCGUAUUUUAAAUGGAGGAGGAAAUAACCAAGCUGAGAGCUUGAACUCCCUUGGAGUUUGUGGAAGUGGUCUUUCUGCUCCAUCAUUGUCAUCAAGCACAGCGUUGAAUGGGCUGCUGGGAAAUGGUGGUGCAAGGCCUAAGACAACCUACUCUAUCAGGUACAACAGUGGGAAGGACACCGAUAGUUCAGCUUUGGAAGAAGAAGGAGAUGAUCUUAAAGCUAUGGAGGCAAAGAUCCGUUGCUUGGGCAUGAAGAAAAAACCCUCUCAAGGCAUGGCUAGCAUAGACAGCAGUGCACCUGAAACCACCUCAAGUGACAACUCGCCCACUCUGGUCAGGAGAAACUUUGCAAAGCACCAAGGCCCGGGUUCUGACAGUGGCAGCAGUGGGGAGAGCGAUUCUUUAGGUUCAUCAAGCUCCGGAGACAAGGCUGCGUGUAAUGCACAUAGAGACAAUGAGAGUCCACCUACUCCAUAUGUAGCACGUAUCCUGCCCCAGCAGUUGCUUAUUGACAACCGCAUGUCAUCUACUGGUAUCAAAGGGCUGAGGUAUAAGGGGAAAACUCGCAUAAUGCCAACAGUUCCCAAUCAGCCUAGUGAAGCAUCUGCCCACUUCAUGUUUGAGCUUGCCAAGACUGUUCUGCUGAAAGCUGGGGGCAGCAGUGCAACCUCCCUGUUUACCCAGCCAUCCUCCUCCACACCUCAUGCAGGUCCCCACCGCCAUCUGCACCUCUGCGCCUUUCAGAUAGGGCUUUAUGCUCUUGGCCUGAGCAACUGUGUGUCACCUAACUGGCUGUCCCGCACCUAUUCCUCCCAUGUGUCCUGGAUAGCAGGUCAAGCUAUGGAGAUAGGGAGUGCAGCAGUACGCAUUAUCAUUGAUACCUGGGAGGGUCACUUGACUCCCCCAGAAGUUGCUUCACUGGCAGAUCGUGCCUCCAGAGGUCGUGACCCCACCAUGGUUAGGGUGGCAGCUGAGCUAGCCCUGUCCUGCCUACCCCAUGCACAUGCCCUUAACCCUACAGAGGUACAACGAGCCCUGUAUCAAUGCCGGGAACAGAGCUGGGACAUGCUUGAGAGAGCAUGCCUUGCAGUAGAGCAGGCAGCAGCAGGUGGUGGAGUGUUUCCGGAGGUGUUGUUUGAAGUGGCCCGCCAUUGGUAUGAGAUGUCGGAGGAGACAAGUCCAACAACUGCUCUGUUGGAUGCACAAGGUUCAAACAGAGCUCAGCCAGGUUCUGUCACACAGAGGCAUGAUUUGGAUAACUCACCUGUCAUGGGUGUGGCUACUUCUGCAACUGUCACUCAGUCCAGCAGUUUGCCAAUAGUGGAGCGCUCUAGUCCUGUGUCCAUUGGCACUGUGCACUACACACAGGCAGCAGCUGUGGCUGUGGCAGCAGCGGGCAUGGUCAGUCAGGCCCAGGUGACAUCCAGUCCUCAGCUCCUUACCUCAGGCCCUGUGGCACAAGCUGUUGUUCUGCCUUACACUCAUGCUCUUCCACCCCAGGGGGGGCCCCCAGCACAGUUGCAGCCAUCUGCAUACUUACCGCCAGCAGCUUACAACUAUGUGCAGCAGGUGGCUCCAGGGACAUUUCACCAGCAUUCUUACUCACAGCAUCACUUGCCUCUUCACUCACAUGGUCUUCAUGCAGCCUACGUCACUUCAUAUGCCCCCUACCCCACCCAGGCCACCUUUGCAGCCUCUCCCAUGCAGGGCCUUGCUGCCGGGCCUGGAGGCCAGCUGUACCACACAUCUGCUGCCCCUCCACACCUGCGGCAGGUGGCCUCAACAGUACCGGCUGCUGUGCAAGUCUACUCCCCUUCUUGCCAAGUCAGCUCCCACUCCCUGGCAACACCUGCAGCCCCAACUGUGGCUCACAUCCAUGCCAUUCACUCUAUGGACAACGGUUCCAACCCUGGGAAUAGUCCUGCUAAUUCUGGUCAAGUGCCUGUGUUGAACAUAUCCAUGCAACCUUCAACAGCCAACACACCUGGCCAGCUCAAGUACCUGACAGCAGCCUUCAGAGUAGGGAUGCUAGCCAUGGAAACACUUGCUCGUCGCGUGCACGAUGAUCGCCCUCAAACAAAGUAUGCACGCAAUCCUCCAUAUGGAGAGGAUGUAAAAUGGUUGCUUGGAAUUGCUAUCAAAUUAGGCUCAGCGUACCUUCAGCAGUUCUGUGCAGGAGCAGUGAACGCAGUUGUCAGCCCAUUUGUGCUUUAUGACUUGGCCAUGGAGGCUGCCCAUGUUAUGGCACGCAACAAUCCUGUGCACGUGUCCAACCAGUUGCGCUCUAACAUCCUCAAUCCUCUCUUUCAAAAGUGUCUUCAAAUGUUCAUCCAGUGUGCUCACCAGCGUAUUCACCACAUCAGCAAUGCUGACUAUGACGAGUUCGUCUCCAUUGUGUGUACAGCACGCAAUGCAUUUUACCUGGCUCCAGGUGGUCUUGUCCAGUUUAAUGAGCUGCUCCAGAGCCUACGCCGUUCCAAGUCAUGCCGCAAGGACCUAUGGCAGCGCAUAGUUAGUGGCUUGGCCACAGGCAGUGUAUGACGACUUGCUUACUUAGGAAUCCAGUCUUUUCUCUUUCUCUUCAUUACUUUAGUUAUGGUGGUGUUUCUGUAAAUCUGUGUGGUAGAAAAUUUUGCAGAAAUUAUAUUUAGUGGUGGAAAUCUAAGUUGGAGUAUGUGACCUGUCUCCUAGCUCAUUUUGUCUUAAUGUCCUGUUACAUCCUGUACUGUACCACGAUGCUCUGUUUUUGUCCUUUUCGGGCAAAGAUUUUACUUGUUAAGAACAUUGAUUUACCUUUUCUCAUGUUACAUCAAAACAAGUGAAAAUAAUUCUGCAUCAUCCACUUUGGAAUUUUGUUACUUUUUUAAUAACAGUAUAUGCUGUUUCUUUAAAUGCCACAAAAGAUUAGACUGCGUUUGAAAGAUUUUGGUUUCAGUUUUCUGUAAGUGCAACUGCUGCCAUUCCCUUUUGAAUUUGUUUGUAAUUGACAUCACAGGAAAGCUGGCACUCAUUUGUUGUCUAAGAAAUUCAUCCAUCAGGACCUUGAAACAUGAAUGUGCGCAAGGUAGGAGCAGACAGGUAUGCCAAACUGUGUGGUCCUGACUGGUGUUUACUGCUGUAAGAGCUGUUGUAACACAUUCUCUCUUAUUUUUGCACAGCAAAUCACUUUCUCACUUUUCUCCCCCAUGUUACAGUCAUGGAACACUCUUAGCUUUUCUUAUUGUUUCAAUGAAAGCAGCAUUUCUGUAGUUGAUCAUCUCCAGGGGAAGAAAUGUAUAUAAUGGUUUAUUUCUUAAUAAUAUUUGUCAGGAAAGUUUAGUGAAAGUGUUAGGUUUUUUCAGACUUCACUGUUUUGGUAUUUAUCCCCGCUUUUAAGUUGAUUAUCAUUUUCAUCUCUAUACUCAGUUUCAAAGACAGCGUGAAGAGUCAUUAGUAAAUUGUUUGUAUUAUUGCCUUCAUUCGUCAGACUUUGACGUAUUUUAUUGCUUAGUGCAAGCCCCUUCUAAAUGUUUGACAGUGACUAGAAGCAGUUGUGCAUACACUUGUAAUUGUUGGAAGGAGUUAGAAUUACAUCAUUUACCAUGAAGAGUUUGGUUUCUAUAAAUAAUUAUAAGACUGGAGAGAUUUGUAAAUUCAUGUUCAUAGUUAGCAAGAUUCACUGGUCACAAAGAUCAAGUAUGUGCCUGUCCUUUUUUUUUUUAAGUCAGUAAAUUCACAUAAUUGGUAUCUAAAAACCUUCAGAGCAUCCUUCUGUCUGAUAACAGAUGCUUCUUGUCAUAAUUACGUGGGAUCGCCAUCUUUUCAUGUAAAAAAGAUUCUACGUCAGAUUUAUCAACUAGCAGCAACAGCAGCAACAAUCGCAGCAGCAAGAACAUCCCUAUGUCUUGACACUGUUUUAAGAUUACCAUGAGUGCUUUGGUCAUUUUGUGUAUCGCAUAUGUGUGCUGAAAUGUCAGCACAUCAGUUUUUGGUAUUCAUUUUGGCAUUCCUUUCUCUUCACUUUCUUCUUUUCUGUAAAAUAUAUAUGCAUUCAUGAAAGGGCAUACGUGUGUAAAAUAAACAUGCAUGUGUCCACAAGUAGACCAAACAGCAUCUUUUUGCAAAAGAACUGAUAAACAUGUUUGUUGGCCUCAAUGUGGCAGAAUUAGCAGCAUGCAUUUUUGUGGAAUGGUGACGUCGAGAAGCAGAAAAAGGGAACCAACGAAGACAUCUCUGAUUUGUCGACCUGCACUGCUGUUAUCUUUGUGUCUGAACAAAGCUGUGCUACAUGACUUGUUAAACUAGCAGCUGGCCUUUUGUGGCUUAAUGACUGCUUCCAAUCAUAACACCCUGCCAGCAUGAUAAAGCAUGAUCUUUGCCAGAUUUUUAAGGGUAAAUUUUGACUGUCUGUAGCAUUAUUAACAGCUUUUGAACUCAGCCCAAAAAAAUUCAUGAAAAUUUGCAUCUAAAUAUUAAGUCAUACAGCCGUUAGGUUGGCGAAAUUGAGGUUCAUUUGUACAUUUAUAGUUUUUCAAAACUAAAAAAUGAAAGCAUGAAUUUAGAGGCAUUUUAGAUCUGGUUUUCAUGAAGUUGAUGUUGGAUGUCACAGCGUACACACUCAUUGCUGACAUUGAAAACAGAUCUUACUUUAGCAGUUACAGUGUUACAUGUUGCCUAACACUUAAAGGGAGUCUUUUUUUCUGCUUUUAGAUGAGGAGAAUGAGUGACAAGGUCUUGCUUGUCAGCUCAGGUAUGUUUCCCAGUCAGAAGGUUGUGCAGACCCUCAACACCUGACAGGUGUGGGUCCUUUUCUGGUGACUUUGGUUUAAUUUCUUUAUUUUAUUUUUUUUUUUUUUUUGUCCCUCUCUUUCUUUCCAUCUCUUGUUCUGUCACACAUACAGGCACAUCACAUACAUGAAUGCAUAUGUACUAAUGCAUGUACACACACACAUACACAUAUAUGAAUGCAUGUAUGCUAAGGCACACACACACACAAAAUGCAUAUAUACUGAUGCACACACAUUCACCCACAUAUGCAUGCAUAAGCACACCUGCUAAUCCUUUAUAAUUAGCCUCUUUGGUGUUGGGACAUGUUGAAAAUGGCAAAUAUUAAUAAUAUUGACUCUUAUCCAACAUUAAAUAUGUUUUAAAACAUGAAAGGUACAGCACUUGAAAGAUUCAUCGGGUGCACCAAUGAUUUAUCAAAGCAAGAGCUCAGUGUAUUUUAUAGAAUGGCAAACUUCCUUGCUGAACCUUCUUAUUUCCAAGGUUGAUAAAGCAGCUGCCAUAUAUUAUAUAAAUUUUGAUGUAUACCCAGUGGCUUCAGAGCUCAGUGUUAAGUACAAGUUGUAUGAGAUGUCUUGUUAUAGGAAGUGUGUUAGCAAUAGGUUUUAAUCCAUGUCUAGUGCUGAGUCAGUGUCUCAGUUCAAAACCUGAAUGUUGUAUGCACUGCCAGUUGUAGAAUGUAAUUCUAAUGUAAGAGCUGUGUCCUAGUCUUUAUAUUGUGGAAGCUGUAUUCCUCAUUUGGGGUUUUUUCUUUACAUCAUAAGUUUUUUCAUGUGUAAUGUUUAUUUUGUUUAUUAGUUGGCUCAAGAUAAUAUGUUUUAAACUUUUGACAAAUUUUUUUACAUGGUCUUCAAGACUUGCUAGUUGUUGAGAGUUUUUAAUUUUCAUGUGUGGUUAGAAGACUUACACAACGACUUAGCUGAUAUCAUAUAGUAAGACUGAAUUAUUCCUGCUUAUCUUUUUUUUUUUUUUUAAGAUGUGACUGCUGUAGUUGUCUUUGUGAAUGCCAGUCAUUUUCACAAGCUUACAAAUAUAUUGAGGUUGUGCCAUUAGAGCCAGAUAUAUUUUUAGAUAUAUAAAUAUCAGAACACAUCAGAAUGUCUGUUUUAUGUAGAAUCAAGCAACAGAAAAUAGUGUGUCUAAUUCAAUUAUUAAUCUGUUCUUCAUGUAAGACUUGCAAAAGAAUGAGAGAUGGCUAAUGUUUAUGACCAUAUGGGUUUUUGUUUCUGCAUGACAUUCAACACAAGUGUUGAAUAAAAAGAAAACAUUUCAAAAACACACACACACAAAAUGCUAAACAUUGUAAUAGGAAAAAGAUUGUAAGAAACAUCUAAAAAUGAAUAUUUUUGGCUUUAGGAGGUAUGAUGACGUGCUAAUAAGUCACAGCUUAUGUCUGCAUAAAUAUUAGCGUAGCCAAGUUUCCUGUGGUCAGUUCUGCAUGAAAGUAAAGAAGUCAGCUGUUGCUGAUUUGAUUGGAGUUUUUGUUGGGUAAAAAACUGGAGUAUUAGCUGCAGAAACAUCUGGCUACUUGUAUCCAUUAUUGUCAAGAGCUACUUUUUUGGUCAUGCCUUGACCAACACUGUGUUUAUAAUGUAUGCAGAUAAAUUUAGAUCACAGAAAAAUUUAUUACCUUGAGAACUUCAGAAUGUCUCUUGUAUAUUCUUUAUAUAAUGUUUGUAUUUUAUUUUAUUUCUGUUCCCUUUUUCCUACCUUUGCACAACACUUUUCUUUCUGUGUGCGUGCUUGUAUUUUUAUGAAUCGUCUGUGUAUAUAUGAAGGCCAGGUCAAGUAAUGGUAAUGCUAGCUGUUAAACAUGCAAUGCUCAUUCUGAUUACGAUUGCUGAAUUGAAUGGAGACCUCCUUAUUCUUGCAAAUUACAUACAAUGACAGUCCAGAGGUGCACAGAGAAACUGCAUGCAGUGAGGAUCGGUUGCCGUGGGAUGCAACCUUGACUCAGGCAUGCUGUUCUUUCUCUGCAUGUAGCACUGUUUACAUACCUGGCUGCUUUGCUAUGAUGUAGCCUUAGUUGUUGCUUGGUGUAAGACACCGAUUUCCCUCUCAGCUUCCAUGUCUAGAAUAACACACUUAUUGAUUGCAAUGGAGAACUAUAUAGGGUAUGCCUUUGUAACUAUUUUUUCCCCAGCAUAGGGUAUCUUUUAAACACUCAUGUUGUGGCUCAGAAGAAUAACGUCUAUUGAAAUGCAAAAGUUAAAAAAAAUGUAAGUCACACUUUCCCCGUGUAAGUAUUUUUGUAAAACACUUGUUUAUGUUUGUGUGUGUGUGUUGAGUGAAUGAACAUAAUUAUGAAAACUUAUAUUUGCCUUUGUUGUCUGCAGUGAGUUAUCCCUCCCCUUCCAACUUUGUUUCAUCUUUCUUGCUUUCGAUUUCUUUUUCCUUACCAGUUCCUGUUUAUUUGUGCUACCAUCCUCAAUAGCUUUCUUAUCUUUUCUACAGUGUUAAAUUUCAUUCUUUAAAAAAAAUAUUGUAUCAUUGUUGAUUUUUGCUUUAUGUUGACGUGUGAUGUACCAGAGUGCGAAAAAAAAGAAAGCAGGCAUCACACAUUUUGUUAUUUUUUACAGUGAAUAAGAAUUAGCUAUUUGUUUUAUUGAAAUUAUUUAUUUGGUUAUUAGAAAUAGGUGUUUGGAAGUCCUCAGGAGGAGAGGGUGGGGCUAUACCUUCAGUGUGCUGUGCCAUACCUUCAGUGAACCUCUUACAUUCACUGCCCCUACAGCUGCUAGGCUAUGGGACUAUCAUUUUUUUUUUUAACACACCAGUGUAUUUUUUGUUCAGUAACUCCAUACCUUCAUAUAUAAAAUUGUUGAAUAAUUUUGUCAAUUGUUUGUCGUUUGUUUAAUAAAUGGGAAAGGUAGUUCAAAUAAAAGAAGUAAUUUUAGCUGAGAUAUGGUGUUUUAAAUAAACUACAGUUUAAAAAAAAAUGUUUAAACCAUCAGCUUCAAUGUUCUUGUUGCUUGUAAGCACAAGCUGUGUAGAAGAAUAAGAAAGCAUGUUACCACUGUAUUGUAAAUGAAAAAAGUGAUACAAUUGUGUUAGCAAAAUGACAACCUUCCCAUCACUUGAUUUUUGUUUAACUUAAUGUGAAUGCCAGCUGUAAAAUAAGCAUAGCCAUCUUCAGCUUUUUGUCAAGUGUGGUUUAAAGCUUUUGGAGACAGGUCACACACAGACCAGAAACAAAGAAACAAAUCUAAGUAAAAACACUAACACUGCUUUGGCAAGCACAGUGACUUUGCCAGGGGCUAUGUGUAGGUACCUAUGUAGAUAAUUGUACACUUGAGAACAGUGCAGAGUGAAAACUUUAAAUAACAUAAUACAAUAUGUAAAAACAUCAUGAAACAAGUUACAACAGAUGUGAUUAAUAGCUAUCACUGUUAUUAGGUUAUCAUGGGGGACAGUAGAUUUACACUUACUUUGUAAAUGCAGAUUUAGGCAGAAGUAGCAAGAUGUCAGGCACUGUUUAUUUUCCACUAAUUAUAAAUGAGAACAUUUAGUCUGAAGUGUUAUCAGCACCAUUUAAAUUACAAAUGUGUGGGUAAAACAAUUGUCUUUGUCAACGCAAGCGCAGUUAAAGCACCUGCCAACUCCGUCCUAUAUGGCUUUUGUUUUCAUUUUCCAUGACCCCUUAUGGACAGUGUCUAUCUGUAGUUGUAGCUGUUCUUAUCCAGCACUCAGACAUUUGAACAUUUCACAUUCUCAAGUGAACCAUUCAUAGCACUAUUGUUCAUACCUGCAGUAUCACAUCUUAUUGAAGAUGCAACAUGUCUCUUGGAUAGAUUUGGAAGAUAGAAAUAUUUUUUGUAUUGAUUGAGAGACUCAGGAAAAUAAAUCAUACAAAUGUAUGUGACUGUAUAGCUUCUGUUUUUACCCAUCCCCCAUGUUCAUGCAUCUUUGCCCAUUGGAGAGUCUGACAUGGAGAUAAUUUUAGGAGCUGACACAAGAAAUACACCUGAAGUUCACUAACUGCUCAGGGAGCUUUGGCAAGGGUUAGGUUUUUUUGACUGUUGCAAGCAAAGAGGGGUAAAUUCUAUUUCCAUUUGAGUAAUUGCAAGUCUUUGGCUUGUUGGACAUUACCAAACAAUGAGAUCAGCUUAGAGGGUGCCAGACUUUAGCUAGUCAAUCUGACACUGUUUUACCAAUAAGUAAGAUCAGCUGAGAUGUUUAGACCCAAUCACAGGGCCAGAAAACCCAUCUGACUUUGAAUAGUUAAUUUUUGUAAUUUGCAGGGGUGGCCGCAAUUUUUCUCAGUAUGUCUUAUCUCAUCAUCUCUUCUUCCAUAUUUACGUGACAUCCCACUUGUUGGUUAUAAUACCUGAUCUCAGGAUUAUUCUCCCUGUUUUCCUAAUUCUAGAAUCAAGUUCGUCUGCCAGAAAAUAUGGAGUGUGCAUGUCCAUCUUAAUGAGAAACCAUGUAGUGAUUUGAAAUAUACAGAGGAAGAAUUUCAGAGUUAAAUUAUUGCUUUUUUAUUCUAGAAAUUUUCAAAUUAUUUUAUGUUGGAUUAUGGAUUAGGUGCAGCAUUUUUUUAAUGCAUCAAGAUUUUAAUUAUCAGAAACAAAGACUGAAAUUGCUAAUUAAACAAAAGAUUUGCACUAAGGAAGUAAUUUUGGGGUCAUGUUUUAAAGUAACCUUUCACAUUUACCUGCAUAUAUGUACACUUAAAUGAGCAAAUUCCCCACACCUGUUUGCCUCCAAAAGUUAUAUAGUUUCCAGAUAAUCCAUUUUCAUGUUAUUCUCUUUAUGAGUGGUACUUUCGAAACAAACUUUUUCCUUUGUAUUUGCUUUAAAGAAGCAGUUUGUAUUUAUUCAUUGUCAUUUUCUGUAUUAGUGUGCAUAAAUUUAACCUCAUUCAUGACCUCUCCCACUCUGUCCUCAACACUGUUUGAACAUGCAUGUUGGAAAAUAAUCUAACUGGAAGAGAGUGGUAUUUUAAUCUCUUAUUUUUAUGUAAUUUUUAACCAGAAAAUUUGAUGCAUCUUAUAUAGAACUUUGCUCGGUUGCACAAUAUUUACAUAUGUAUGCUUUCAUUUUUGUUAUUUAUUUGUCGCUGAGCCCUACGGUAUGUGGUGGCCUUUUUUGUAGCUCAAAGGAGCCUCUUUGGACGACAAUUCUAGUCUAGUUUGGUGUGCUUACUUUGCAUUGUAGAGGCACAAGAAUAUCUAGGGGAGGGGGUAAGUCUGUAGUUCUUAUUUUCCCUCUGUUUCUCCUUGUCCAAAACAAAUACCUACCACAUUUUUCCAUUUCCCUCAUGCCUUGUGUGCCCUGUGCCACAAAUAUGUCUCUCGUUUUUCCUUGUCACAAGUGUGUGCCAUGUGUCACGGGCAUUUUUUUAAAUUAUUUUUAUUUCCACCCCUUCUCCCAAGUUUCAUCCCUGUGCCUUACUUUUGUGUUUAUUCCUUCCACUUUAGUCACAGUUCUACAUUUAGCUGAUCUUUAGUUUGACUUCAAAGGACAUUUUAACUAACAGCACAGAGAAACAGGUAACUUAGGAUUUUCUCUAUUGACAAGUCCAGGUUAAAUCUUUUGCAAGCAGUUGUGUCUAGAGUAAAAAUUUACAUAUUUUAUUCUCUUUUCAUGUCUUUGCCCCCAUUUUUCCAUGUCUAGAAAAAAAAUGUCCUAUGUCAUUGGUGUAAUUGCACUGUUUGAACCAGGAUGCAGAAACUGCUGACAAGGUGUAAAUGAUUUAUUGCUGAAUUCAUGAAUUUGUUUUCAAAUCUUCUUUAAGUGAUACUUUUUAAAAGUGAUUUUUUUUAUGAGAGCAGCUAGGAUUUGAAAUAAAAUUAAGUUUUAUGACAAAAGUGCAAAUCCUUCUGGUGGUGUACUUUGAAGACAAGCCUAAUUUGAAUUUUGAAACGAAAGCCAUGUUCCUAGUUAACAGAUUUUUUAAAAUCAUCUUUUUCGUAUUUUUAGUCUUCUUAGAGAUGGCCAUCUUGCUAUGAGAGUGAACUUAUUUUUUAAAAACACAAGAACUAGAAAACAGAAAAAGAAUUGUUUUCUGAGAGAAUUCUGGUCUUGCCUUUCCUCUCUGAGAGAAUUCUGGUCUUCACUCUCCUGUCUUAGAGAAUUCUUGUCUUGACUUCAUGCUUAUAUGUAUGCAUGGUGAGAAGAGAUUCAGGUUGGCUGCAUUUUUAUGUAGAAAUCAGGAUCAGCUCUUCUCUUGUCAUUAGGUCUGAUUUACUGCCUGCAAAUUCAUAAUCGUUUUUGACGAGGAGUUUUCUUGUGAAAGUGGCUAGGUUGCUCAGAAGACAGAAAUUUCUUUACUAAGUUCUUCCAUUUUAUUGUGGAUUACAAUAGAAAGUAAUCUUGUAUAAUACACCUAGUGCUGAGUUGUGUAAAUGGUGUUGCUGUUUUGGGACGCCCAUAGAAACAACUGCUGAAAAGCUGUCACAGCAGGUGCCUGGUUUAUUGAGUCCUGCUUGUACAUGCUAUGUCUGAAAAAUGUUACAGGUAUUUGUGGCAAAUUUUGUGCUGUAAGUGUGCUGAGCUCAUAGGGUUCGUGUGGGUAAUUUGCAGGAAACAAGUGUGUUCAGUCAUAGGAUGUGCUGGAUUUUGUCACGUGACCCAAGAAGUUCCAUUUCUUGCAAAAGGAGGCAAUGCCUUUUUUCAUUUGUGGAUAUGCACUGGUCAUGUUGAUCAUAUGCACUUGCAGAUCUAGCCAUGAUCAAAUGCCAUAUGUAAAUACAUUUUUCUUGUCAGUACAGGGUGCUGUGUGUAAAAUUUCUGUAGUAUUUAUAUAGAGAAUUUGAUUAAUAUAAUAAUAGAUGAUUUAGACUAGCCAUCCAAAUGCAGUAGUAUCAACAACAAAGUAUGAUAACAGCAGUGCAAAAAUAAGUGAACACAAAAAUUACAAUAUUAAGGCAAGGCAGAUCAAGAGGGUAAGAGCAAUCAAUAAUUUUGCAAGAGCUUUUUUUAAACUGAAUGGACUGGCUGCAACAAAAGAGGAGUGGUGGCCAUGGGCAACGGAUUUUCAAAUAUUGGAACCAUACAUAAGAAAUGGUAACAGUCAAACAAUCUUGUAGCCCAGUUGAAAUAUUGGAACCCUAAAGUAGAGAUGGUAACAGUCUUGUAGUCCAGUAGAAAUAUUGUGACCCUACAAUAGAAAUGGUAACAGUUUAGCGAUCUUGUAGUCCAGUACCAAUCCUCAACCAGUUCCGCUUUCACGGAAACAGGCUUAUGUUUUUUGUCUUAUUUCGGAGAACAAAGUAACAUUGCUUUUCGCUCUUUGGAGCUUAUCAAGAAAGAAGCUGAGAUGACUUGCAAAAGUCCAGUAAUAACUUUUAAAUUCCUUGGGAGAUUUCACCAUUGCACUUGCACACACCCUAAAUGGACAUGGCCUUUUCAUUGUCCUUGACAUAUUUGAAUAGAGAUUAAGAGUUAGCAGAGCCAGCUGUGCUGUCCAUCUAUGAUGUUCAGGAAAAUAGUAGUGCUUCACUUCUCCAUCAUUUAUGAAACAGCUUUUUAUGGAUUCAUAAAAGAUGGGAGGUUUUUUGUUAUGAAGUCUGUUUUUAUUGUAGCAGCUUUACAAAAACUGUCAUGUGUUCAUCUUUUCAUUUUCAGACCAUGCCAUGCGUUUCUUGUUCUUCCCAAUUUCAAUCAUUGUUGCUCUCUCUUUCUCCUUUGCUCUGGCCUGCACUUGCUGUUAACCUGCUGCUUCCACUUUGUUCAUACGUUGAAUUGCUCUUGCUGUAUCCAGCUGCUGUUUUUAUAAAGGAUUGUAAUAUGCCAUUUCUAUUUAGUAUAAGAAUCAUUGUCAUUCUGAAAGUGACAGACUGUUUCAUCUCCAAAUUAUUUCUUAUAACUAAGAGUAAUUAAAAGAAGCAUACACAUGUGCUGUGAAUGGUUUGAGAUUGAAGAAAAGGAAGAGAGCAAAUAAAACAGAUUCUUAUGAUCCAUGAAACAUAUUUUUGAUCAAUUCAUGUAGUCAGAUUUUCACAUAGUGGCUGCAUAUUUCAGAACACUUUGAACUGCUUUCAGAUCCUGUCAAGGACUUGCUUGUGCACUCCUAUGGUCUUGUUCCUUCCCCCCCUCACACAUUUCAUAGUCCAUGUAAACAGAUACAAACCACUAAGGUUUGUGACUUGUCACUAGUCAUUAGCUAUGGCCCCUCAUGUUGAUUGAAACAGAAGAAUCUCAUCUUGCAGCAUUUCCCAGCUUGUCCUUGGAGAGACUUUUGUCAUUUUUCUUUUAAACCUGUGAAAUAUUUGUCUUGGACUUUUAUAACUAAGUUCUUAUUGCAAAUUUCUUUUGUCAGUUACUCUGUUUCCUCAAAGUAACAAGUUAUUACAUUACUUAUAAUCUUAUAUAUGGAGGUGCAUCAUUAUACUUCUGCAUCACAGGUAGGAAUUCUGUAUGGUCCAUUUUCUGAUAUAUGCAAGCCUGUGUGUUUGACAAUGCUACAACAGCCAAUAUCCCACUGCCUUUUCUGUCUGCUCAUGGCUUUAUUUAGAUCAAUAGAGGAUGCUGGCUCAUCAACAUCUUAUAAUGAACGGGUUUUCAUGUGAGAACUCUGAGAGUGAAAAUGUUCCUUUCUGUCAGUAAAAUCAUCUUUCAUUUCCAGUGAGGUAGAUUGGGUUUCACAAGCAAGUCCUUCAUAAGAUCCUGCCACUAUACUCAGUUCAUUGCUGUUGCUUGUUCUACAGGACAAAGUGUCAGGUAGCCUCCCCCCCUUCCUGCUUCUGCCAUGCAAAGAAGACACGUGCAUGCUCAUGCAGUAAUGUAUCUGGUAGCGCAGAUCAUAGAAUGUUUAAAUUUUUAUAUGGAGAAUAAUUUCAGGGAUUGAUGAUUAUUGCUAAUUGCUGAUGCUACUAUCUGUAAUAUAAAAAAAUUAGCUGUUUAAACUGUAAAUUGCGUAGUCCAUGUACAGAUUUAAACCUGUUGUAGAGAAAGUUGAUUACUAUAACUUCUGGCACAACUUCAGAUGUACUUGAAUGUUAUUUGUAUGCACAUCUUUAUAACAAUGUUAACCAGCAAAACUAGAGUUUCAUCUGUAGAAUUCCCUAUGAAGUCAUGGGUUGCUGUAAAGAGGCUGAAAUACUUUUAAAACCUUCAUGACCUUUAAAGGCACUCGUACAUACAUGCAUACAUAGAGCCUCUCUUCCCUCUUAAUGUUAAAUCUUUCUCACAAUUUUUUUCAUACUAGUUCAUUCUCCUUUUAAGCUGCAUCACACAGAGAACACAUAAACUUUGAAGCAGCUUUAUUUAGACCAUAUAGAUCACAAGGAAAAUAUUUUGAAGAGGGAAGGGGGAAUAUAUCAUAUUUAAUAUAUGUAUUUUCAUCAUAAUCGUAAUUUUAUUUUCUUCUAUUUUUACACCCAUGUGUAUGUGUGUGUGUGUGCAUGUGUAGAUAUUUAAUGGAGUCACACUGUCCAUUGAUUGUGUAGUUGUGGUUUGACCUCUCCCCAUGUCACGUCUCAUUAAUGGUAUCAUCCUUUGCCUCAAUAAAUACUCUCAGGCCUCA